AUGAUGCGUCGAAUAAUUGAAAAUUCACAUGGUCAUCCAUUAAAGAACCAGAGGAUUCUUUUAUCUAGUGAUUGUCCAUGUCAGACUUGCUCACAGGGAAAACUGGUCAUUAAACCAUCUCCCUUGAAAAUUGCUAGUGAAUCCCUAACAUUUUUACAACGAAUCCAAGGGGAUAUAUGUGGACCUAUUCAUCCACCAUGUGGGCCAUUUCGUUAUUUCAUGGUUUUAAUAGACGCAUCAUCAAGAUGGUCACAUGUUUGCCUACUUUCUACUCGUUCUAUUGCAUUUGCUAAGCUUCUUGCUCAAAUAAUCAAAUUGAGGGCACAAUUUCCUGACUAUCCAAUUAAGACAAUUCGUCUUGAUAAUGCUGGUGAGUUUACAUCUCAAGCAUUUGAUGAUUAUUGCAUGUCCAUUGGCAUUAGUGUUGAACAUCUGGUUGUACAUGUACAUACUCAAAAUGGAUUAGCAGAGUCCUUUAUCAAACGCCUUCAAAUGAUUGCUCGGCCUUUACUUUUAAGGUCAAAAUUGCCUACUUCUGUUUGGGGACAUGCUAUAUUGCAUGCUGCAUAUUUGGUUCGCAUUCAACCAACUGCUUAUCAUCAAUAUUCUCCAUUACAACUUGUUUUGGGCCAACAGCCUAAUAUUUCUCAUUUAAAAUUUUUUGGUUGUGCUGUAUAUGUUCCCAUCUCCCCACCAAAGAUAACUAAGAUGGGCCCUCAAAGACAUCUCGGAAUUUACAUUGGAUUUAAUUCUCCAUCCAUAAUUAGAUAUCUUGAACCCCUGAAGGGUGAUAUGUUUACAAUACGCUUUGCAGAUUGUCAGUUUGAUGAGACAAUUUUCCCGCCGUUAGGGGGAGAAAAGGUGCCGCUUCCUGAAGAACGGCAUGAAAUUACAUGGAAAUCAUUGUCUCAUUUGGAUCCAUAUACAAAUCAAAGUGAAUGUGAAGUUCAAAGGAUCAUCCAUUUGCAAAGUAUAGCAAAUCAAUUACCAGAUGCUUUUACUAACAUAAAGAAAGUAACAAAAUCCCAUAUACCGGCUGUAAAUACUCCAGCAUGGAUUGAUGUCCCUGAAAGUCAAUAUGAUAGUACAUUAAAGGUACGCUUGAAGCGUGGUCGCCCUGUUGGUGCUAAGGAUAAAAAUCCCCGAAAGAAAAGGAUACAAGAAGUGCCUAUUCCAGAAGAAAAUAAAAAUCCAAAACAAAUUAGUACUCUUGAUGAGCCAAAAACUGACCAGUUUAAAAUUGAUGAAGAUGUAGCCCCUGUAGAGGCACAUACACCAGAAGAAGAACAUGCAUCAGAAGGGAUCUCUUUGAAUUAUAUGAGUACAAGAGAAAGCUGGGAUAGAAAGAAAGCUAUUGUUGAUGAUGUUUUUGCAUACAUGGUUGCUAUAGAUAUUAUAAAAGAUAAUGAGGAUCUUGAACCAAAAACUAUUGAAGAAUGUCGACAUAGAGAGAAUUGGCCAAAAUGGAAAGAUGCGAUCCAAGCAGAAUUAAAUUCCUUGGAAAAUCGUAAAGUAUUUGGACCAGUAGUCCGAACACCUGCAGGUGUGAAACCGGUUGGAUACAAAUGGGUGUUUGUAAGGAAACGUAACGAGAAAAAUGAAAUUGUAACAUACAAGGCACGGCUUGUAACACAAGGUUUCUUGCAGAGACCUGGAAUCGAUUAUGAUGAGACAUAUUCCCCUGUGAUAGAUGUAAUCACAUUACGUUUCUUGAUUAGUUUGGUUGUCACAGAAAGACUUGAUAUGAAACUUAUGGAUGUAGUUACUGCAUACUUAUACGGAUCACUUGAGAAUGAUAUCUAUAUGAAGAUCCCAGAAGGAUUUAAAUUGCUUGAAGCAAAUGAUCCAAAAUAUCAUGAUAUGUAUUCAAUUAAGUUACAACGAUCCUUGUAUGGAUUAAAGCAAUUUGGAAGAAUGUGGUAUAACCAUCUUAUAUAUGUGGAUUAUUUAAACCUUGUUGGAACUCCUGAAGAGCUUACAAAGACUGCUACUUAUUUAAUGAAGGAAUUUGAGAUGAAAAAUCUUGGGAAGACUAAAUUUUGUCUCAGCCUGCAGAUCGAGCAUCUACCAACUGGAAUCUUUAUCCAUCAAUCAACAUAUACAGAAAAAGUUUUAAAACGAUUUUAUAUGGAUAAAGCCCAUCCAUUAAGUAGCCAUAUGGUUGUUCGAUCACUUGAUGUAAAGAAAGAUCAUUUUCGCCCACUAGAAGAUAACGAAGAAUUACUUGGUCCUGAAGUACCAUAUCUGAGUGCAAUUGGAGCUUUAAUGUAUCUUGCAAAUUGUACACGGCCUGAUAUAGCUUUUUAUGUCAACUUAUUGUCAAGGUAUAGUUCUGCACCAACUAAGAGACAUUGGAAUGGUGUUAAACAUAUACUACGAUAUCUUCGUGGAACAACUGACAUGGGUUUAUUUUAUUCAAGAGGGUCCAAAUCCCAAAUAGUUGGCUAUGCUGAUGCUGGUUAUCUUUCUGAUCCACAUAAAGCUAGAUCACAAACAGGAUAUGUGUUCACUUGUGGUGGUGCUGCUAUAUCAUGGCCGUCUGUAAAACAAACAUUAGUCGCCACUUCUUCCAACCAUUCUGAAAUAUUAGCUUUGCAUGAAGCAAGCCGGGAAUGUAUAUGGCUGAGAUCUAUGAUACAACAUAUCCGAGAAACAAGUGGGUUGUCUUCAAUCAAAAAUUCUCCAACAUUACUAUAUGAAGAUAAUGCUGCCUAUAUUGCUCAAAUCACAAAUGGAUACAUCAAAGGCGACAGAACCAAGCACAUUUCUCCAAAAAAUUUCCACACGCAUGAACUUCAAAAGAAUGGUGGCAUAGAUGUUCAACAAAUACAAUCCAACAACAACUUUGCAGAUUUAUUCACAAAAGCACUGCCAACUACAACAUUCAGAAAGAUGGUCAACCAUAUUGGAAUGCGUCAACUCAAGGAUCUUUUGCCAGCAUCAGGGGGAGUGUGUCAUAAUAGAGACCUUCACACUGUACUCUUUUUCCUUCGUUCUGGUUUUUAUCCCACUGGGUUUUUCCAAACAAGGUUUUAA